UUGUGAGGUGGAUUUGGCGCUGCGUGCUGCUCUGCGCGUGGCCGUCUAGUUCUGAGGCGCGUGAAUGCACGAGUACACAGGCAUUAUCUACAUUUCCAGUUUCAUCGGCAAUUUACAGAAUGCGGAGGUGAAAACGGACGGUCUCGCCGAUCGAGGGACACAUCCUUGACGGUAUACACUGGUAUUAUACCAGUUAGUAUUGUUUAUUUAUCAUCUGAAAGCUGUUCCUGGGCGAGAAUCACGCAUGCAUUCAAACAGAGGAUUAUCGCGGAGGAGCUGCCUCGAAACCAUGAGCUGCAGUUGGGGGACGGAGCUGUGGGAUCAGUUUGAUAAUCUGGAGAAACACACUCAAUGGGGCAUUGAGUUUUUGGAGCGAUACACCAAGUUUGUGAAGGAACGAUCUGAGAUCGAACUGAGCUAUGCUAAACAGAUCAGGAAUCUGUCUAAGAAGUAUCAGCUCAAGAAGAACUCGAAAGAAGAGGAGGAAUACAAGUACACAACAUGUCGAGCGUUUCUGAUGACCUUAAAUGAGCUGAACGACUACGCAGGCCAACACGAAGUCAUUGCGGAAAACCUGUCCUCCCAGAUCAUCGCUGAACUGAGCCGCUACACCCAAGAACUAAAAGCUGAACGCAAAUCGCAUUUCCAUGAUGGCCGCCGAGCGCAGCAGCACAUUGAGAAUUCCUGGAAGCAGCUGGAAUCGAGUAAGAGAAGAUUUGAGAGAGACUGUAAGGAAGCGGAUCGCGCCCAGCAUUACUUUGACAAGAUGGACGCGGACAUUAACGUGACUAAAGCUGAUGUGGAAAAGCGGUGUUCUCUCAAGGCGAAACAGCAAGCUCAGAUGAGGCAUCAGAUAGCAGAGGACAGUAAAAACGAGUACCUGACCUACCUGCAGAAAUUCAACAAGGACCAACAUGAACACUACUACACACUCAUACCACACAUCUUUCAGAGGAUACAGGAGAUGGAGGAGCGGCGGGUGGGCCGGGUGAGAGAGAGCAUGCGAGUUUACACCGAGGUGGAGCGGAAAGUUCUACCAAUCGUCAGCAAGUGUCUGGACGGCAUGACCAAGGCAGCUGAAUCAGUCGAACCUAAAAUGGACAGUAAGCAAGUCGUAGAAUCAUACAAGUCUGGCUUCGAGCCGCCGGGUGACGUGGAUUUUGAGGACUACAGCGUGUCGAUGAAGAGAGCAGUGUCUGAAUCUAGCUUUCUGAACGCCCGCGGAGAGAGCAGACGCCGGAGCAGGAGCAAACUGUGGCCUUUACUCAAGAGAAAUAAGCUUAUGUCUUUGUUAGCAUCGCCCCGUCAGCCCCCUCCCCCUCCCCCCACCUCCCCAUCCCCGGACGGCCUCCAGAACGGCCCCCAGUCCCCGCAGCAGCCCAAGGAGCCCCUGAGCCAGCGUCUCAAUGACUUCAUGGGCACCAAACACAAAAUGCACUGCCUGCGGAGCCUCAAACGUGGGCUUUCUCUAAAGCUGGGAACAGGCCAGGAAGACUACAGUCAUCUACCGCCUGAGCAGAGGAGGAAGAAACUGCAAGCCAAACUCAAUGACGUUAACAAGGACAUCCAGAAAGAGAUGGAUCAGAGGGAUGCUUUGACUAAAAUGAAAGAUGUCUACAUUAAGAAUCCUCACUUGGGCGAUCCAGACAGUAUAGAUCCACGGUUAGAAGAAAUCACUCAAAGCUUGGAGAAGUUGCAGUUUGAGGCACAUAAAUACGAGGGCUGGUUGACGGAGGUGGAGAGAAAGUUACUUGAAAAGGGAUCAGAGUCCCAAAGAAGACAGAGCAGCCAUUUUGAUUCGCAGGGCAAUACACCUCUUACAAACAACUACGGUCAAAACCGAGAGAGUCCGGAUGGCAGCUACACGGAAGAUCCCAGCACAGAGAACACGAUGCAGUUCAAAUCCCGCAGUACUGAGUUUGAUGACGAGUUCGAUGAAGAGGAGCCUUUACCCACCAUUGGAACAUGCAAAGCACUUUAUCCAUUUGAAGGUCAGAAUGAAGGCACUAUAUCCAUGGCCGAGGGCGAGAUGCUGUAUGUAAUCGAGGAGGAUAAAGGGGACGGAUGGACCCGCGUGCGCAGAAAUGAGGACGAGGAGGGUUACGUGCCCACAUCCUACAUCAAACUCUUUUUGGACACCAAUGCCAAAGAUCCCUAAAAGUGUUUGGCUGGCACAGGAGUGGCAGGGCAAGCGUCCUUGCGUGAAACGUCCUAACUGUAGUCAGAGAGACGGGACUAACUGAAAGGAUAAUCCAUUUUUAACACAACGCCCUCUCGUCUGCCGUAGGAAACGCGAAAAAAGCGCUCUUUUUCAUGCCUAGCGUGCUGAUUAUUUGCAAAAAGCUUGCUUGUCGUAUGGACCUAGCAUAUUUAGCCGUGUGCCGUAGCUGCUUGCCGUCAGAGCCGAGCCUUUAGGUUUGAGGCACAGAGUAAGUGCCGUCUACAUGUUAUUGCCUGGCUUGCUUCAGAGCCAAGAGGAGUUUUUAUUUGGUUUGUUUUGUUUUUUCUCAUCAAGACAUUAGAACUAAUAAAUAUUUGUCAGUGCAGACUGUUCAGUUAUGUGAAAAAUGUGGGGGAUAAAUGGGAGUUGUUUUAUACAUUAUAGGCUAAUGUUGUUUUUUUUCAGUUGUUACAGUGUUUGCAAGGCGGCGCUGUGUUGAAGUCCUGCUUUGUUCUCUUUUUUGGCGCAGUUUAAUUUCAAUAGGGUCUCUAUUGAAUGAGAUUGUUUAUUUAUUUACCCUAGUAAAAGUUCAUUUUAAUGAUGUUUUUCUUCAGUAGAUUAUUAAAGAGCAUUUUUUGUGGUGCUUUUUUGAGAGUAAAAAAAAUAGGCAUAUCAAAAUUAAUAGAUGACUUCCAUGGUUAUAAAACAAAUACUCUAGAAGUUAACGGUUAACUGUUUUCAACAUUUUUCCAACUUCCUUUGAGUUAAACAGAAAAAAAGAAACUCACUAAAAAGCAGAACUUUCAUUUGUGGGUGAACUACUCUUUUAAAUGGACAUUUUGUGAGGGAAACUUAAAAUAAUUUUCAACAUAAGACCUUAAUGAAAGGGAACCAGGAGGGAUUCAUUUAGUUGUUCUUGUAUUAAUUAAUUAAUGUAUGUAAACAUACAGGCGUGCCAACAUUAAUGACUUUGUCUAAUGCAGUUAAGGGGGUAGUUCACCCAGAAAAUGUACUCACUAUUUACUCUCCCGCCAGUUUUGCCAAAUCAUGAGUUGCUUUUUUGUGUUAAACACAAAAGAAAAUAUUUUGAAAAAUGUUAGAAAGCUAUAACCAUGGACUUCCAAUGUGGGAAAAACAAAUACAGUAAGAGGCAAUGAUUACCGGAUUUCAACAUUUUUCAAACAAACUUUUUUUGUGUUCAACAGGAAAAAAAACUCCAAAAGGAUUGCGACAAAAAAAGCAGAAUUUUCCAUUUUUGAGUGAACUAUCCCUUUAAAUUGUAAUUUUGUGAAAGAAACCUAAAAUUAUUUAUAACAUAAGACCUUAAAGAAUGGUCAGAAGGGAAACAUGAGGGAUUCAUUUAGUUGUUCUUGUAUUUAUUUAUUUAUAUAAAGAUACAGGCAAAUCAAAGUUAAUAUCUGUGUGAAAUGCAUUUAAAGGGAUAGUUCACUCAAAAAUGAAAAUUUACUCACCAUUUACUCUUCUUCAAGCGUCCAAACCAUGAGUUUCUUUUUUCUGUUGAAAAAAAAAAGAAGAUAUUUUUAAAAAAGUGUUAGAAAGCUGUAACCAGCAAACAAAUACUAUGGAAGUCGAUUGUUACAGGUUUUCAACACUUUUCCAACUUCUUUUGAGUUCAACAGAAGAAAAAAACUUACUAAAAAGCUGAAUUUUUACUUACCAUUUACUCAACCUCAAGUGGUCCCAAACAAUGAGUUUUUAUUUCUGUUGAAAUCAAAAGAAGAUAUUUUGAAAAAUGUUAGAAAGCUGUAACCAUUGACAUUCAAUGUAGUUUGCUUUUGAGUUCACCACAAAAAAAGAAUCUCAAACAGGUUUGUGACAACAAAAACAAUUGGGUGAACUAGCCCUUUAAAUCGCCAUUUUGUGAGAGAAACUAAAACCUAUUUAUAGCAUAAGACCCUAAUGUGUCAGAAGGGAAGAAAGAGGGAUUAAUGUAGUUUUUUCCAGUAUUUAUUGAAUUAUUGUUACUCUCAAAGUGCCAAUAAGCCAAUAAGAGCACCACAUCUUCAGCCAACAUUUUUCUUUAACAUUAUACUGAGGAAAAAAAAAAUCACCUAAAUGCUUGAAUGGCCUUAUGGUGAGUAAACUAGAGAGUAAAUACUUGUUAUACUAUACAAUUAACCCAAUUUUAAAUGUAAGAAAUAUAAGAUGAAGUUUAAAGACCUUUUAAAAUAUCUUGUCUGUAUGAACUGCUUUGGCUGUGCUACUUCAAAAUUUCACACUUAUCUAAAUGUUACUUGACUUUCCUUUCUAAUUUUACAAGCAGUUCAAGAGUGAAAAUGGUUUUUACACCCAUUUUGUUUGUUUGUGUACAAAAUUACCCAAACAAAGGCUUAAUUCUCAUUGCACUGAUUUUGUGAAAACUAAAUGAAAAAAAAACUAAAUAAAAUAACUCAAUUACACAAACAGUUGCAAAGUAAUAGCAUGUGCUACUUUGCCAAAAGUUUAGCUAAAUAGUUAGCUGAAUGAAGUUAGUAAUAGUUGAUACUGAUCACAGAGCAUGAAUAUGACUCGGUAAAUGCAGUAUUAUUUCUUGUGAUGGUGUAUUUUGGACAUAUCAAAAGAUUUGGGGUCAAUAAGAAUUUAUUUUGGAAUGAAAUGAAUACUUUGAAUUAGCAAUCAUUCUUUAAUUGAUCAAAACUGAAUCAAUUCAUGCGGCUUUUGAUACUGAACCCAAACUUUCAUGUCUACUAUAGAAUGUUUUUUAUUAAACUAACCUCAUCAAAUUUGGAAAGUCAUUGUAAUAUUUGCAUACUGAAUUGCUUCUUUUUUAUACAUUUCAAAUUACUAUCGAUCGGUGUGUGUGCGUGCGUGCGUGUGUGUGUAUGUUUUAAAGCUCGAUCCUAUUCAAGCCAUCAUUAACCUCUUUUGCUGCCUUGCAAGCACUGAUAUUUCCAUCAGGAAAUGCAAAUCUAAUUCUUACAACAUUCAAGGUUUUGAUGAAUGCAUAAUCAUCCCCUACAUUUUGUGUGAGGUGCUGUUGUAGAUGAGUAGUUGUGUACGGCAGGUGAAGCGGUAAGCAUCUCUUCUAGUUCUCUUACUCUUUCCUCUUUCCCAGAGAAGAAAGAAGUGUCACCACUCUCACUCACUCACUCACUCACUCAGUCACUCACUCACUCAUUCACACUUUUCUUCGUGCGAUGUGUGCACACAAGCCACAGCUGCUCCUUCUGUCUCUCUUUCUUCUCACCUUCUCUUCUCAAACUCUUGCUUCUUCUCCUCCUCUUUGUCUUUUUUCUUGGCCUGUUUCUGUACAUCUGAGCUCUGCAGAAGCAAACUCCUGCAAAACAAUAGUAGAACAAUUUGUUUAAUUUUUAAUUUUUUAUUUUUUUGGCUGUAGCUUGCGAUGUAAAAAUAAUAAUUUUAUAAUUUGUCCAUGAAAGAUUGGGGGAGUAUGUUUACAAUGCAAUAGUACAUAAAGACUUUCCACUCUAAAAAUGGCAUUUCUUUGUAAAUUUUACUAACUAAUAACUAAUUAACUGUGUAGGUAAUUAUUGUUUGCUUAGAUUUUAGCUAAAUUGCCUCAUUACAAUGUGUGAUAGAUCUUUAUUAUCAGUUUUUGGUUGUUGUUUUUUUUUUGGCCAACUUUCUAAAUUACUGUAAACUUAAGUUAGUAAUAGUUGUGUCCUGACUUGGAAAAAAAGGCCACUUACAAACCAUUGAAAUUUGGAAAUGUGAAAAGUUUCACUCGGAAAUGUGUAGUAAAUUUUACAAAUUAAAUAAGCAAGUAAUAAACAUAAUAAAUUGGUAAUACAUUUUACAAUUAACUUUAGCACAUGAUAAGUAACACAUUAAAAGUAAAUGCAACUUAAAAAUGGAACAAGGAAAUGUGAAAUAUAGUUUAAAAUGUGCAUUCACAACUUUCAAAAAAUAUUUACAGUGUAGUCUGGUCUGAAAUGUUGCAUGCACAGUCAGAAAUGCAAAAAAAAGAAAAAAAGAAAAAAAAAAGAAAAAGUCUUUCAACCAAUCAGAUUAGAGGCCUGGAAUCAAAUGUACCACAGUUAUAAAAUGAAAUG